GACGCGUGUUUACAUCCACACGGUUGAUCACAGUCUUCCAGGCGGGGUUGAGGUCUGAUGCAUGCACGUAUCCGCACGCUAUAAACAGGAUCCCCCCGCAUGUUUCCCCGCAUACCAUGCAGCGGAAAGUAUCGGAUUUUAUAGUGAGGAGAAAUACUGAAGCUACAGGACAAGAGGAGAGUUUUACAUGCUCUGACACCCAGUGAUCUGCGGCUGAACCAGAGGAUGGACAAAGAAACAGUCUUAGCACCCCCCUGUGGUGUGGAGGUAUGAGGGCCCCUGGAUGAAGGCCAUGGAGCUGAAAGUAUGGGUGGAUGGAGUGCAGCGCAUCGUGUGUGGGGUCACGGAGUUCACCACAUGCCAGGAAGUGGUCAUUGCUCUGGCACAAGCCAUUGGGCGCACCGGCAGAUACACUUUGAUUGAGAAAUGGCGGGACACAGAGCGUCACUUGGCUCCUCAUGAGAACCCAGUGGUGUCCCUCAACAAGUGGGGUCAGUAUGCCAGCGAUGUUCAGCUCAUCCUCCAACGAACUGGCCCGUCUGUUAGUGAGCGGCCCACCUCUGACGGGCAGUCUCGCAUCCCAGAGCGUGGCUUCUACCGACAAAGCCUCCCGCCGCUGGCCAAGCUUCGCCCAUCAGCGGCAGACCGCUCGCUCAAACGAAGGGAACCCAAACGCAAGUCUCUGACCUUCACUGGUGGAGCCAAGGGUCUGCGGGACAUCUUUGGGAAAAGCAGAGACACUGAAGCCAAACAGACCCAGCAGCGUGGCGUGAGUCUGAACCUGAGCAGAGUUGGAGGUGGUGGAGUAGCAUCUGUACCUGGGAGUCCAGCCAGAGAGCUGAGCCGGCUGGUGCAGCUGCAGAGAGACAAGCUCCAGGCCCUGGAGAGCCGUCUGCUGGGCUGUGAAGCCGAGCUGCGAGACUGGGAGGAGGCUGCCAGCGAGCCGAAUGAAGAAUUAAACCUGGAGGAGGAGUUGCUGCUUUUAGAGCAGCAGGUGAGGAGAAAUGAUACCGAGAUGGAAGAGGAGGAAUUCUGGCAGAACGAGCUGCAGAUCGAGCAGGAGAGCGAGCGGCAACUCAAGCAACAGCUAGCCGAGCUGCAGGUCCGAGUACGCGACUCUGAGGCCAAGCUUUCAGAGUACCUAGCUCGCAUACAGGGCAUGGAGGCAGGCCUGGAGCAGGAGAGGCUGCAGCAGGAGGCCAAGCUCAGCCAGAAGGUCAAUGAGGAGGAGGUGCAGGCCCAGUUAGAGAAAGUGAGGGCAGAGCUGGAAAUGCAAAGCCAACACACAGCACGGCUGGAGAGCAGCUGCAGGGCGUUGGAACGCUCACUUGGCCAGUCGAGCAAGAGAUUACAGGAGAAGGAGCAAGAGCUGGAGCAGCUGACAAAAGAGCUACGACAGGUCAACCUGCAGCAGUUCAUUCAGCAGACUGGUACCAAGGUCACUGUGCUGCCUGCUCAGCCUACAGGAGAAUACAGCAACGAAGUGGAUUCUGGCUCCCUGAAAAGACUUGGCUCAUCACGUCUCUUACCCAGCAACCUCCGCACUCUUCAAAACACCGUCUCCUCCAGCCUGAACCCUGAAGGCAUCUACGUUUGACCCAGAACUGUCCAGAAGAUGCUUCUCGGAGACGUUAUUUGGGCUGCAGGGUGGGCUAAUGUUACCAGGACUUUACCUAAAACUGAAUGGUCGAAAUGAAAUGAACCCUGCUCCGGGGAUGCCUCAAGGCAUGGAGGAUGUUGGCAAAAGCAUUACUGGAGGAUCCAUGGGGCAUAACGAAAGACAAACCUACAUCUGUUCAUCUUUCCUGUGCUGCCUCCUCUUUCAUCUUCCUUAGACUGAAACUGAUGUCAAUGUCCAUUUGCAAAUCUUGUGUUAAGAUUCCUCCUAAAUCAGUCUUCAAAAGCUUAAUUUUCUAUGAGUUUAGAAAACUACCUGCUGCCAGCAGAUGUUUUUGUUUUUUUCUGACUGAGGAGGCAAACAGUGCAAACAUAUUAUUUGUAUGCUGUCAAAGACAAACAGUAGAGAAUAUAUCAGGAUAUGAAGUUUGGACACAUACGCAUACACAAACUAAUGCAUGCACGAGCAUGCACAAACACCACUCCUGUGCUAUGAGCAUAGCCAUAUCAGAUUGCCUUACUCUGGUGUUUUAAAACCAGACAACAUAGGUCUAAUGUUGCAACAGAACUCACGGUAGCUACUGAACACUAUGCGCCACAUAAAUUUACUAUUUUAAAAAAAGGCUCAGCACCAGUAAAGGUGAUUCCUGAUGUCAGUAAAACAUAACAUUGGCUUGAUAUUUUUUUAUACAUUCAUUUUUUUUGCAUUGAUUUAAAGAGGAAACAAAUUUGCCUCAUAUUUCCUGUGGAAAACCCAUCAUUUUAGAUAAAUUAUGUAAAAUAAAUGGAGAAGAAACUACAUUUCAUGGAUUCAUUGAGUAAUA